AGCCGCGUCAACAUAACUCGAGCAGUGACAACCCUCCUCCCACUCACAUCCACACCCACUCCGUCACAAUGUUCGGAGAAGAGAUUGCGCGCAUCCGCAAGCUCGGCGUGCACGGCGUGCUCUUCCAGCUGCUCAACUUUCUCAAUGUCGUCGCGUCGGGGCUCAUGAUGUGGAAGGCGCUGUGCCUCGUCACCAAUUCCGAAUCGCCUAUCGUGGUUGUUCUGUCCGGGUCGAUGGAGCCAGCGUUCUACCGCGGCGACAUUCUCUUCUUGACGAACCCGGCCAACACGAUGUACGAGAUUGGCGACAUUACGGUGUACAAGGUACCCAGCGACCCCUACGCAACACCAAUCGUUCACCGUGUGAUCGAGUCUCAUAUCUCGCCGAACGGAUCACAGCUGCUCCUCACAAAGGGCGACAACAACGCGCGGGACGACUAUGACCUGUAUCGCGGCCCGGAGUGGCUCGACGGCAAGCACGUUGUGGGCAAAGUGCAGGGCUUCCUGCCAUAUGUCGGCUACGUGACCAUUGCCAUGAACGACUUUCCACAACUCAAGUACGCGCUGCUGGGCGGCGUGGCCGUGUUCCUUCUCCUGAACAAGGAGCAUUCAUAGCACUAGCAUGCAUAGACUGCGGGAUAUGGAGCAAGUGCGUGAGGGUGGUGCCAUAAUGCCGUGUUUCACCCAAUUUGCCACCGAGGCCGAAGGCCUCCACCCCUCCACCGAUGGUCUGGCGCGUGUAUUCGAUCGCGCCAUCCACUCUACUUGUCUCACUCACGCUCUCUUCAUCUCUUC